UGGAUAUCCAGUCGCCAUGGGUCUGCCUGAUCUUGAAUUUAAGCCGUGCACGUGCACAGUGCGCGCGCCCUGUACUUGAACUGCUCCACGUUUGAGGAUGACGUCAUGAGACCUAGCGGUAAAGAAAACGCUCCGGGACUUGAGAAACACAAACAGACAGUAGAGCACCAAUAUGAAGAGACGGAGCUUCACUCGGUCCUGUAUACUAGUGUUCGCCAGUUUAGUCUUUUGCAGCAUUUGUACAGUGAAUGGAGAUUACUGCAAGGUGAACCUGUGUCACAAUGGAGGGACGUGCGUGACUGGCAUCGGGGAAGAUCCCUACUUCUGCAUCUGUGCCGAUGGAUUUGCCGGAGAUACCUGCAAUGCCACUGAGAAUGGUCCUUGCAGCCCAAACCCAUGUAAAAAUGAUGGCACAUGCGAAGUGAUAGUCAACUCCAGAAGAGGAGACACUUUUAAUGAAUAUGUGUGCAAAUGCCAACCUGGUUUUGAAGGUGCACACUGCCAAAUCAAUGUGAAUGACUGCGCAAACAAGCCUUGUAUGAACGGAGGUGUGUGUCGUGAUCUGGAUGGUGACUACACCUGCCAGUGCCCUUCUCCAUAUGUCGGAAAACAGUGCAAGCUACGCUGUACAUCUCUAUUGGGGAUGGAGGAAGGAGGAAUCGUAGAGUCCCAGAUUUCAGCUUCUUCUGUUCACUCUGGCAUUCUGGGACUGCAGCAUUGGGGACCUUCGCUUGCACGCCUCAAUAACAGGGGGAUUGUCAAUGCCUGGAGCUCGGCACCCCAAGACAAGAACCCCUGGAUUGAGAUAGACAUGCAGAAGAAGAUGCGUCUCACAGGAAUCAUCACUCAAGGUGCCAGUCGCAUGGGGACAGCUGAGUUUAUCAAGGCUUUCAAGGUGGCAUCCAGCUUUGAUGGCAAAACAUACACCGUGUACAGAGUGGAUGGCCAGAGAAAAGACAGAGUAUUUGCGGGAAAUUCUGAUAACGACAGUACCAAGACCAACAUGUUUGACCCUCCCAUCGUGGCCCGGUUUAUUCGCAUCAUUCCUGUGGUGUGCCGUAAAGCUUGUACUCUGCGGAUGGAGCUUGUGGGCUGUGAGCUCAAUGUUCACUCCAGCACAGUCGGCUGCACUGAUCCACUGGGCAUGAAAUCUCGUCUCAUCUCUGAUGUUCAGCUCACAGCAUCUAGUACUUUCCGUACCUGGGGAAUAGAUGCCUUAACCUGGUACCCUUUCUAUGCUCGUCUGGACAAGCAAGGCAAAACUAACGCAUGGUCAGCAGCUAACAACAACCGCUCCGAGUGGCUCCAGCUGGAUUUGGAGAAACCUGUAAGGGUCACAGGAAUCAUCACUCAGGGAGCAAAAGACUUUGGAGUUGUGCAGUUUGUUUCGGCCUUUAAGAUCGCUUACAGUGAUGAUGGACAGUCCUGGAGCAUUGUGAAGGAUCAAGUAGCAAAAACAGAUAAGAUUUUCCAAGGCAACACUGACAACAACACGCACAAAAAGAACUUGUUCGAGCCACCGUUCUAUGCCCGUUAUGUACGCAUUCUGCCAUGGGAGUGGCACGAGCGGAUCACCCUGCGCAUGGAGCUGCUGGGCUGUGAUGAUUAGUCAACAUAACACUGUUAUCCACUGUCUGAAGUGCAUCUGCUGGGUGAUUUUCAAUUUACAUUAGCUUCCAUUCUAUUGCUCUGGAUUUUCUUGAUGCGUAUACUUGAAGGGCUCAGUUGAUCUAAUUUUUAAAGCCUUUGGCCACAGUGGUGAGUUUCUGAAAUGACCUUUUAAGUACAUUUCUGAGUAUUUUACAGAAUUUAAAAAAAACAAAACCUGAAAAUACAAUGAGACUAAUUUUAAUCUUUUACUAAAAUCUUUAGUCUCAUAAACACUACUUUAAAAUGUACACACUCAUUAAUUUCGUUUAGUGUUGUUGCUUAUCUUUCGUCAGUAAGGUGAGUAAAAAUCUACAAGUGUUACAUUUUGCAGCCCUUUAGUGCUGAUGCUCAUUAGUUUACAUUAUUUUGCCUUUCAGAACAUGUACAGGAUUGAUUUGUAAUGCAAACUUCUGAGUUUCUGCUUUUUGUACGCACAGCUUGAAGCAGAUCUGUCAGAAGCAGUGCUGUAAAUCAGAAUUGAAUUGAAAACUUUUUUAAUCAAUGAGCUUAGGUAAGCUGCUCCAAUCAAUUGACCUGUUUGCACUGCCAUUGGUAUACACUUUUAUAAUGCAUUUUAUAAUUUUGGUCAAUGUGAACAACCAAAUUUAAAAAAAAUGUACAGUUGUCCAAAUAUCAAGCAUUUUUGUCUUUUGUAAAACAUUUGUCUUUAACUGUAUUAAUAAACAUGUCGAAUCGUA